AUGGCAAAUGGAUGGGGUCCUCUGGCCGGCGUCUGCAUGCUUCUGCUUUUCCUUGCAGGCUCAUGGCCGCGGCAUGAGUCGCGCAUAGCUUCGACGGCACAAACUCUUAUAGACCCAGCGACAGCAAGAUAUGACAACUUCAAUCCAGUAGAUGCCAAGCUCAAGCAUGGAGCGCGCACGCCGCUGAAUACCAUUUACAACUUUGACGGCGUGAACUGGACGCACUGCCGUGACCAUUACCAGACACACGCAUACUCCCCCUCCUCCCGUGCUCGGGGGGUGGAGGUGGAGCUGCAUGAUGAGAAUGGCCACCCCCAGCCCCCGCCCAUCUUGGACGCGAAUACGCCGGUGCUGCCGGGGGGAUGUCGACAGGGUACUUUGACGGAGGCGGGAUAUCGAAUGGCAGUUGAUGUGGGAACCUGGCUCCGGAACCGCUACGUGACGUCAGCAGGCAGCGACGCCACGGGGGGUUUUCUCCCGGACAUGGAGCCGAGGGGAUGGGACCCGGAAGUUGCGACGCUGCGUACGACACCCAUCCGUCGUACGAUCGCCACGCUACGCGGCGUGCUGACGGGGCUGUGGCCGCGACUGGCCCCUUCAAAUCAGCAGCAGCAGCAGCGGCGGCGGACGUUGGCGACGGCGACGGCGGUGACAGGGGUGGAGGCAUCGUUGCCGGUGCUGCCGGUGUUGCCGGUGGGCGCCUCCCUGGAGCCCUUGGAGAUCAUGUACGGCAGUAACAACACGUGUGCCCGCCUGGGUCCGCUGCAUGAGGCCAUGCAACGUGACCUCGAUGCCGCUGACGCCCGAAAUACGGAGCUCCCUCGCUUGAACCAGCUUGUGGCGGAGGCGCUGGGGCUGGACACCAACACGAGCAUUCUGUGGCCCAAACUGUACGAUCACCUGGCGGCCAUGAUUGCGGACGGCGCCCCUCUGCCCCCGGGGGCCUCCCGGGAGGUGCUGGACAUCGUCUGGGCGCAGGCUGAGCGUCACGAGGCGAGCAUCAUCGCGCCAUCCGCCGACUUGUGCGCCGCGAUGGGGCCCGGCGGCGACGGCGGAGGAGGAGGAGGAGGAGCCGGCGGCAGUAGCAGUAGCGCCCGUCGCCGCCGCUGCCGUGAGGAGUUGCGUUUGGGUAUCGGCAUGCUCGUCCAAAGGCUGUUGCAGAACAUGGACGCGAGUGUGGCGCAGGCGGAGCUCCCGUCGUCGUCGUCGCCGUCGCCGUCGCGGCUCUACCUCUUCAGCGGUCACGACAGCUCUGUCAUGCCGUUGCUGGCAGUGUUGGGUCAACCGGCCAGGGCCUGGCCGCCGUUCGCAUCGCAUUUGGUGUUUGAGUUAUGGCAGGCGGCGUCGCGGCAGCAGCUUCGUACGGCAGCCUUGGGCCGCCGCGGCGUUUUGGCGGCGGAGGCGGGACCUGGGGCCCAGUCGUCGUCAUCAUUGCCGCUGUCGUACUCGUCGUCGUACUCGUCAUCAGGGUCGGAUUAUUGGGUACGGGUGUUGUACAACGGUGCUCCAUUGGUGGUGCCGCGGCUCAGCAACACGGAUGGUUGGAUACCGUUGGGAUUGCUGCGCAAGCAUGUACUGCUGCCGUACGCCAUAGGGCCCGCGGAGCACACGGCAGCUUGCUCCAGGGUGGACAUUUCGGAUCUGUACGACGAUAGUGACGACAGCGACCCGCGGGCGCCAUCCUUAUCCUCGAUUAAAGUUGGCGGCGGCGGCGGCAAACGCAGUACGGCAGCACGGGCACGAGAGCGCUUGUCGCGGCACGCCACUCUCUGA